UGGAAGACGAACGACGGAUAGGACUAUAGGAUAGCCAGUGCCAGUGCACUUGAGAAAGCCCGUCGCAGGCUGUCUCGGCGUGUAUGUUCUGAACUCUCCGCAACAUGUUAAUGAGUUUUCGUCUGCUCCCAUCGAAAAAUUCACGUGGUGUAUUCAGUAUACGAAAGAAAAACACUAGUGCAAGACAUUUACCCUCUUGAUCGAGUUUUUCACCUAGUACUAAUUGUGCAAUAAGCAGGCUGAGGAAGGAUGCCAGGCAAAGGGGGCAGAAGAGGAAAGUGCGGUGGAAAAAGAGCUGAAUUUACAUCUGACGAGGACUCGGUCAACAAUGAUGCGUGUAGCGAGAUCAGCGGCCAAUCUGACAAUCGUAGCAUACUGGAGGAUGCGAACGACAACGAGGUGGAUGAGCUCGCGCAGCAAGAGGCGUUCGAGGAGAAGCUGAAGGAGGCGAUCGACGGAUUAACGCAAAAGAGCGCUAAGGGAAGGAUCAUAUGUUGUAAUGGUAUAGAGAAGAUCUUCGCCAUCAAGUACAUUCCAGAUUUCGUCGAGGAUAGAAAGAUGACCAUUACGGAUGCCAUGGAGCGCAGCUUGAAAAAGGGACGGGGCGACGAGCAGUCGACCGCGGCCAGACUCAGCACUUUGCUGUGCGUCCAGCUGGGCGCUUUUGAGAGCGCGGAAAUGGUUUGUAGGGAUCUGAAAUCGACCCUCACUUUCAUCGCCAACGAUAAUACGGCUUCUGUCCACGCUCGCGCCGAAUGUUGCUGGGCAUUAGCCAUGAAUCAGUUUUUGUCCGGCAAUGAUGUGGCUGAUACCGUGGAAAUCGUACAGUUACUGUCGUCCAUCUUCUCCGGUUCCUACUUGAAAGGUAAUGGCGCGAUCGCAAACAUAUCCUCGGAUGUGGCGGCGUUACAUGCGGCAGCUAUCUCAUCCUGGACUCUGCUUCUAACGGUCAUGACUUCCGCGGAUAUCUACAAUUUGCUUGCAAGCGACAGAAUCAACAGUUACAUGCCUUCUCUCAAUCGAUUGUGCGAAUUGCUGAAAUCGCCACACCUCGAUGUACGCCUGUCAGCCGGCGAAGCAAUGGCCGUGAUAUUCGAACUCGGCCGUGAUUUCUCCGCCGAUUACGAGCAGGACUGGGCGCUUGACCUCAUCGAAAUUCUCAAAGAACUCGCCACGGAUUCCAACAAGUAUCGAGCUAAAAAAGAUCGCAAGCAACAGCGUGCUAAUUUUAGAGAUAUUCUGCGUUAUAUCGAAGAAGACAUUGUUCCGGAGAUGCAUGUGAAAUUCGGCAAAGAGAUUUUGUAUUUAGAGGGAUGGUGUGCGAGGACCCAAUACAACGCCUGCUGUCGGCUGUUAGGUCCUGGUAUUAAUAUCCAUCUUGCUGAAAAUCAACUCUUGCGCGAGAUUUUCCAUCUUGGCAACAAAGUUCUACCUCCAUUAGUAACAGUGAAAACGAGUAAAUUAGAAAGAACAUUGAUGAAUGCGGCUGCGUUCAAGGCACGCACCAUUCAGCGCAACAAGAACCGCGAUAAACGAUCCGCAGCCAUGGCACCGUAAUUACACUUCUGCUCCUAUGCUGGCUGUCUGAUGUUACUUUGUGUAAUGUAAUUAUAUUUGAAUUUUUUUUUCAUUAAUUUAUUGUAACUAUAUUUAAUAGCGCGAAUUAUCAUUUCUUCGAUAUCGAAAUUGUACAGAUAUAUUCCACGCAUGUACGUCUUCUUCUCUUGCAAAACAUUAUGUAUGUGAUGCUAUCCCUCGCCGCUUUUUAGCAGCUUUACUUUAUUUAAUAAAGUCCAUGUGUGUGUAUAUACAAGUCUAAAUAUGUAUAUAUACAAUGAUAGUGCUGUUAAUAUAUAUAUACAAACCUUA